AGAAGAAAGAAAGAAAUAGAAUUCCGACAAAUCGCGAUAUUCCUAUAUUGCAGAUUUUUUUUCGCGGGGGCAAAAAAGGAAAAAAGCGUCGCCUGAAAGUCAGUUUCCGACGAUGUCAGAACGAGUCCACCCAGCCGGAGACAGCCCAUCGACCUCCGGGAACAGAACACAAGCGCCGGAAAAGCCCGUCCCUCCGCCGGGAGCUUACGUUAUCCAAGUCCCCAAGGACCAGAUCUACCGCUACCCCCCGCAGGAGAAAUCGGGACGGCACCAAACCGGCCGGAAACCCCGCCGGAACUGCUGCUGCCGCUGCCUCUGUUGGACAAUCGGCCUCCUCCUCCUCCUCGUCAUCCUCGCCGCCGCCACCGUAGCCAUCUUGUACCUCAUUUUCCGUCCAAAGAUCCCCGAGUACUCCGUCGAGAGCCUCUCAAUCAAAGGCUUCAAUUUCAACUUCUCAUCCGAUCAGACGAGUCUAACAUUUUCCCCGGAAAUCGACGUUAGCGUCAGAGCCGAAAACCCUAACGGAAAAAUCGGCAUUUACUAUGAGAAAGGAAGCUCGGUUUCCGUUUUCUACUCCGACCUUGAGCUGUGUAACGGUGUUUUGCCGGUGUUUUAUCAGGGGACUAAGAACGUAACGGUUUUUCGGACGGCGUUAACGGGGGAGGGGGUCCUUUUGACGGGGGCUCUACAUGGGACGUUAGCGGCGCAGCAGAGGAAAGGGGAGAUUCCGUUGGAGCUGGAUUUGAGGGUUCCCGUUAAGGUGAAGUUCGGGGCCGUUAAGACGUGGACGAUUACCGUUAAGGUGAGGUGUGGAUUAACGGUGAAUAAGCUGGCAGAGGAUUCUAGGAUCAUCUCCAAGACGUGCAAAGUUAAGGUGGAUGUGUGAUUGAGAUCUAACGGCCGUUUGGAAGGAGUGUUGUAGUAGUUUUAUUAUAUAGUUGAGGGCCUGUUCGUGCAGCCCAUUCUCAAUUCUUUUGGUUUGUGAAAAUUUCUUUUUAAAGGGAGUAUAGGGGUGAGAAAAAAUAAGUAAAGGGGAGAGAGAGAGAGAGAGAGAGAGAGAGAGGAUAUGGGUGCAGGUACACAGACAGGUGCGUGCUACAAUAGAUUAUACAUUUUUUUCUCUUACAAUAGUCAUUUGUAACAUUGGCCAUUAGAGGGUAAAUUCAGUAUAAAAAUGUAGUUACUUGGUGAUGGACGGUUUAAAUUUUAA